AUGUCUGUUGAAACCGCAUUAUCAUACGCUGCUUUAAUCUUAGCCGAUUCUGACAUCGAAAUUUCGGCUGAAAAAUUAGCCCAAUUGACCGCUAAGGCCAACGUUGAAGUUGAAUCUAUCUGGACCGACAUCUACGCCAAGGCUUUAGAAGGUAAGAACUUGAAGGACUUAUUCUUCAACAUCCAAGCUGCUCCAGCUGGUUCAGCUUCCGCUGCCCCAGGUGCUGCUGCUGCCUCUGGUGAAGCUGCUGCUGAAGAAGAAGCCAAGGAAGAAGAAAAGGAAGAAUCCGACGAUGACAUGGGUAUGGGUUUGUUUGAUUAG